AUGGGGAAGGACCAGGAACUGCUGGAAGCUGCUCGCACUGGGAAUGUGGCUCUGGUGGAGAAACUCCUCUCUGGGAGGAAAGGAGGGAUCCUGGGCAGUGGAUCUGGAGCUAUCCCCUUAUCCAGCUUACUGAGCAUCUGGCGAGGACCAAAUAUAAACUGCACAGACAGUUCAGGUUAUACUGCUUUACAUCAUGCAGCUUUAAACGGACACAAGGAUAUAGUCCUCAAAUUACUUCAAUAUGAAGCAUCAACUAAUGUGGCAGAUAACAAAGGUUAUUUUCCUAUUCACUUGGCUGCUUGGAGAGGAGAUGUAGACAUUGUGAAGAUUCUUAUCCAUCAUGGACCAUCACACUCCAGAGUGAAUGAACAGAAUAAUGAAAAUGAAACAGCACUGCAUUGUGCAGCUCAGUAUGGUCAUUCAGAAGUAGUCGCUGUUCUGUUAGAAGAGCUAACGGACCCUACAAUAAGGAACAACAAACUAGAAACACCUCUGGAUCUGGCAGCACUGUAUGGUCGCCUGCGUGUUGUAAAAAUGAUCAUCAAGGCAUACCCAAACCUGAUGAACUGUAAUACAAGGAAACACACUCCUUUGCAUCUUGCGGCACGUAAUGGCCACAAAGCUGUUGUGCAGGUGCUUCUGGAGGCUGGAAUGGACGUCAGCUGCCAAACAGAAAAAGGGAGCGCACUACAUGAAGCAGCCCUAUUUGGAAAGGUGGAGGUAGUACGCAUUUUGCUUGAAACAGGAAUUGAUACAAACAUAAAGGACAGUUUGGGUAGAACAGUUUUAGAUAUUCUUAAAGAACACCCAUCUCAGCAGUCACUCCAAAUUGCAGCUCUACUUCAAGGUCCCAGAGUUAGCUCUGUCCCAGUUAACUGGCAGGAACAUGCAUCUAAAAGUGGGGAGAAAGAUAUGG